AUGCGGGAGUACUUUGGGGAGAGCGAGGAGUGGCAGACGCAGCCGCUGAAAGAAGCCAUUCUCAAUCUCGUCGCUAGGCUAUCCUCCCGUGUCUUCUUGGGCAAAGACCUCUGUCGCGAUCCAGCAUGGCUGAACAUAUCAAAGAAUUACACCGUCGACGUCUUUAUGGCGGCCAACCUGAUGCGCCUGGUUCCUGGUCCACUACGACCUCUGCUAUACUGGUUCAUCCCCACGAAUACCCGACUCAGACGAGAAGUCAGAGAUGCCCGUCAGCUGAUCCUUCCAGAGGUGGAAAGGAGACGGAAACGAGCCGAAGACGCUCUCGAGGCAGGAGAGAAGCCCCCAAAGACAGCGGACACGAUAGGUUGGAUGGUCGAGAUCGCCCAGGCUCGUGGCAGAGCUGUGGACUACGUUCCUGCCCAGCUUUCGCUGACAAUGGCCGCGAUCCACACGACCACCGAGACCACCACGAAAUGCAUUUUGCAGCUUUGCGAUACACCAGAAAUUGUUCAGCCGCUGCGGGAAGAAGUGAUCCAGGUCCUACGUGAGGAAGGGUGGACGAAAGUGGCAUUGGGAAAGAUGCGGCUGCUUGAUAGCUUUCUAAAGGAAGUGCAGAGGACGCAUGGGUUAGCGACGACAUCCAUGAACCGCCUUGUCAAGAACGACAUCAUCCUCUCCGAUGGCACAAAGCUCCCAAAAGGUAGCCGAAUCCUUGUCCCAGACGAUCGUACUCACGACCCGUCCAUCUUCCCAGAGCCGGAAAAGUUCGACGUGUCCCGCUUCCUCACCUUGCGCGAGCAGUCUGGAGGUGAAAGUAAGCACCAAUUCGUAACGACCACGUCUGACCACCUGGGCUUCGGACACGGUCAGCAUGCGUGUCCUGGACGCUUCUUUGCGAGCAAUGAGAUGAAGAUUGCUUUGAGCUUUAUACUUCUGCGGUAUGACCUCAAAUUUCCUGAUGGAGAGGGUAGACCAAAGGAUCUUGCUUUCGAGACGGCCAAUAUGACGGCUCCAAAUUUAAAGGUCCAGAUCAGGAGGCGGAAAGAGGAGAUUGAUGGGAGGGACCCGCAGCAACCAUUGCAGGCAGCUUAG